CCGGAGAGGACUCUUUAAAUACUUCUAAUAUCCGCUCUAGCACCGUUCCUUUGACUCUUUUGACUAACAGCUGUCUGUCCGCUCUUCUCCUUCACAGUAAUCACAACGGCUCCACCCCUCUGGUUCUGGCCAAGAGACGCGGCGUCAACAAGGACGCCAUCCGUCUGCUGGAGGGUCUGGAGGAGCAGGAGGUGAAGGGCUUCAACAGAGGGGCACACUCCAAACUGGAGACCAUGCAGAUGGCUGACAGUGAGAGUGCGAUGGAGAGCCACUCCCUGCUGAACCCCAACCUGCAGAGCAGUGAGGGGGUGCUGUCCAGCUUCAGGACCACCUGGCAGGAGUUCGUGGAGGACCUGGGCUUCUGGAGGGUCCUCCUGCUGCUGGUGGUCAUCGCUCUGCUCUCUCUGGGCAUCGCUUACUACGUCAGUGGGGUCCUGCCUUUCUCCAGCAGCCAACUGGAGCUGGUGCACUGAGGGAGGGAGGAGAGGAGAGGAGGAAGGAGAGGAGGAGAAGAAGAAGAAGUCCAGAAUCCAUUGUUUAUUUUGUUUACUUGCAACCCAAACUAGUCUUUUUCUCUGCUAUCUGAACAACUUCAUAUUAUACUGCUUUGAUUUGCAUUGCAUUGAGUUGGCCCGCAGCACCAUUCGUGUUUACUCGCGUCACUCAAACGAGACGUGCUGGCGUGGAGGCGGGGCUUAUCUCCAUGUACAUACCAUACACCAAAAACAAAGUUAACACAUUUGACCGUGAUUUAAUUGUAAUUCACGUAUAAUAACUAAAUACUGAUACAGAUUAGGGACAAAAACAUGAGUUCAUGCUUGUGUAAAUGUGCUUACAAGAAAUUAAUGUUUUAUGAAAAGAGAUGGGAUGAACGUACCUCGAGUAAAAAGUCAUCUCUAGAUCCAAAAGAACAAAACUCACACACUCAAUUAGACUGCGUACGCGUGGGUGGAUCGAACAGGAAGUGUCUCGUACUAAAAACAAGUGUUGGUUUAAAUAAUGUUAAAUAUUCCCUCUUUAAAGUGAGAUCAAGCUGAACUAGUAUGAAAAUGCUCCUGCUCUGUUUUAAUGCAAUUAUCCAAACACAUUUCCUUGUAUAACCAUUGAUUAUGCUCUGCUACAAGCUGUGUAUUGCCAUUGUUUUGCAUAUUUUUUCACAUUUGUCGGAUCUUUUAAUCGUGUUAUUUAUCAAAUAUCUUCUGUAUUCUUUUUCCUGUAUUCUGUAUGUUUUGUUAAAAUCAUGCACCCUUGCUUUCUUAACCCAUUUCUCAUGUAAUCAAUAGACUGGAGUUGUGGCAAAUGAUAAAUAUUCCUAAUUUUGCAUCGUGCUAUUAAAGUAGAAAAGCACCUCGACCGCGUUCCAGCAGAAGCAUGCGGCUUCGUUGAAUUAUAAUGGUCAUAUAAAGGCACAAUGCUCAUACCCGUAGGAUGAUGGCAGCAGUUUAACAAUGUUUUGUUGUAUAUUCCUUUUUAUCUCAAUGUCCUUGUACACCAUGUUCAUGUUAUCUGUUUAUUUUCUGUCAUUACAUGUGGACCCAGAAUAAAAUAAAGUGUGAUUAUAAACAA